AUGGCGGGCGCGGGCGCGAGCGAGGUGUCGGCCAACGCGAGCCGUGUGCGACGGGCGCCGCUCACGCACCACGCGCACCGACUUAUGACGGAGGAAGAAAUGGACGCGACCGCAUCUUGGAAGCGUUCCCACUGGCGCGAAAUGCAGUCAAUACUACGGCGGGAGGGCUCCCAGAAGGAGGUUGUCGAGUGCUGUCCCUCAGUCCUAGAGAUGGUCGCAAAGAAAGGCGGCCGAACCCCCACCGGCCUCUACGUAGAACUCUACGAGGACGGUGAGAACAAACAGAGGCUCUACGAACUCUCCUGCGCACCGGAUGUUGUAGACAAGCCCUGCAGAUUCGUAGACGCACGCCUCUACAACCAAUCGAGAUGUGUGCAGAAGUAUUCAUACUCCUACGCACUAGUAAGGUAUUCUUCAGCCACCGAGAUGCCGCUGCGCAAUCGGCCGGAAGGACAUUUCUCUGUCCCCGGCUCCGGCGGCUGGUCCAUGGACUAUGUGAUAGUUAGAGCAGGCUGCGAGUGUCAAAUCACUCCGCCUAAACGCAAGAGUGCGCACCGGAAGCGAUUGGAGAGGCAUCGCCGGAAAAGGAAACGACUGGAGGAUGACGAUGACACUUGA